AUGAGACUUCUCUCCGCCACCAUGCUGGUGGGAGCCGCCUCUGCGGCGGCUCCGGGCUUCCAGCAGGUCAUGGGCAUCCACCAGGAGCAGCUAGAGGAUGUCGUCAAGCAGGGCUCCGAUGCCUUCAAGCAUAGCUCGGAAGCCUUCUCUAAGCCUCUCGAGCAGCUCAAAGAACAGUUCAAGACACUUUCGGGCGAGGCUCGUGAGAUGUGGGAUGAAGUUUCUCACUACUUUCCCAACUCUAUGGACCACGCUCCUAUGCUGUCUCUGCCCAAGAAGCAUACUCGCCGUCCUAGCUCUCAUUGGGACCACAUUGUUAGUGGCCAGGACGUGCAAAGCGUCUGGGUCUCGGGUGCCGAUGGCACUAAGGAGCGUGAGAUCGAUGGCAAGCUCGAUGCCUAUGAUCUGCGAGUGAAGAAGGUGGACCCCAGUGUCUUGGGCGUCGAUCCCGAUGUUAAGCAGUACAGUGGUUAUCUCGAUGAUAACGAGAAUGAUAAGCAUUUGUUCUACUGGUUCUUCGAGUCACGCAACGAUCCCGAGAAUGACCCCGUCGUUCUCUGGCUGAACGGUGGCCCUGGGUGCUCUUCUCUCACUGGUCUUUUCAUGGAGCUUGGUCCCAGCUCUAUCAACGCGGAAAUUAAGACCGUCUACAACGAAUACUCUUGGAACUCCAAUGCUUCGGUGAUUUUCCUGGAUCAGCCUGUCAAUGUCGGCUACUCCUACAGUGGUGGUGCCGUCAGCGACACCGUGGCCGCUGGCAAGGAUGUCUAUGCCCUCAUGACCCUCUUCUUCAAGCAGUUUCCCCAGUACGCUAAGCAGGAUUUCCAUAUCGCUGGAGAGUCCUACGCUGGCCACUACAUUCCCGUCUUUGCCUCGGAGAUUCUGUCCCACAAGAAGCGCAACAUCAACCUCAAAUCUGUACUCAUUGGAAAUGGCUUGACUGACGGUCUGACCCAGUAUGAGUACUACCGCCCCAUGGCGUGCGGUGAAGGUGGCUACCCUGCUGUUCUGGAUGAGCAGAGCUGCCAGUCCAUGGACAAUGCCCUGCCUCGCUGUCAGUCGAUGAUCCAGGCUUGCUACGACAGCGAGAGCUCUUGGGUGUGCGUGCCGGCCUCCAUCUACUGUAACAAUGCCAUGAUGGGUCCCUACCAGCGCACCGGCCAGAAUGUCUACGAUGUCCGCACAAAGUGUGAUGGCGAUUCCAGUCUUUGCUACAAGGGCAUGAACUACGUCAGCGACUAUCUCAACCAGGCGGAGGUUCGGGAGGCUCUUGGCGCCGAGGUGGAUGGUUACGACUCAUGCAACUUCGACAUUAACCGUAACUUCCUGUUCCACGGUGACUGGAUGAAGCCUUACCACCAUCUGGUCCCUGGUAUUCUCGAGCAGAUCCCCGUCCUUAUCUACGCCGGCGAUGCCGAUUUCAUCUGCAACUGGCUCGGCAACAAGGCCUGGACUGAGGCUCUUGAGUGGCCGGGCCAGUCCAAGUUCGCCGCCGCGGAUCUGGAGGAUCUCGUUGUCGAGCAGAACGAGCACGUCGGCAAGAAGAUCGGACAGGUCAAGUCCCACGGCAACUUUACCUUCAUGCGCAUCUACGGCGGUGGCCACAUGGUACCCAUGGAUCAGCCUGAAUCUAGUCUGGAGUUCUUUAACCGCUGGCUGGGUGGUGAGUGGUUCUAA